GCCCCGCCCUUGCGCCCGCCUUCGGCCCCUGCGCCCGGGCACGCGGAGCACGAGGCUGAGCACGAGGAGGAGCCCGGCCGCACGGCGCUGGCGCCGGGCGGUCGCCGCGGCGCGGCGAGGGCGCCCGCCGCAGGCGCGGGCAGGCCCCCGCGGCGCGAGGCCAGCCCUGCGGGCGACGACCCCCCGGGCCACGAAGGCGCGGCAGAGCCCUCGCCGGGCGCUCCGCCGCCCUUUGCGGACUACCGCCAGGGCCACGAAGGCGGCUACCCCGCGGGCGCGGCGGCACACGCCGCGCUGCCAGCGGACCCGUCGCCCCGCGGCCCGCCGCCCCGAGAAGGCACUGGGCCGCCGCAGGGCCGCGGCGCGCGGCUCGGCAGCACUCCGGCGCCCAUCGGCGAGGAGGCUGCUCCCGAGGAGGCGGCGCCGCUGUCGCCCGCCGCCGAGGAAGUGAAGCAAUCCCGCCUGACGAAUGCGUACAACAAGGCUUACAAGAAGCUCUUAUGGAACACGAAGGAGAACACCAAGGCAUCGCGCCUCAUUCCGGGCCUGCAGCUGUGCCUCCCCACGGGGGAUUUGGAGCGCCGCGUGCAGCAGUGGCUCGACGAGCAGAACCGGUAG